AUGCUCAGGAGAAUACCCGAAACGCGCUGGCAGACCCAAGAGGCCCUGCGUGAUAGCGCGCGCGCCGUCCAGUCCUGCUCUGCGCAAUCUCACAGUGACAUCCUCACGCAGACAGACAUCAACGCUUCAUGCGCAUGCCUGUCGAUCCUCUAUCUUCUCCUCAAUCGCCUCGGUGUCCGCACCGAACUCAUGGUCCCCGAUGAUCUCGCGACUCUGCGAAAUACGUUUGAGCGCGCAACUGAUGUUCUCGAAUGCUCAAAGUGCCCCAUGCGCUUCUCAUCCGUGCUGCAAAACGCGGGCAUCUUGGGCAUUCUGUGCGUCUGCAUUGCCGAGUCAUACGUCAGGCUCAUCAAGACGAUUGAUGCAAGGGCAAUUGAAGCGACCGGCAAGGGGGAAAAGCUCAAGGUCGCGCUCAAUCCUCUGGGUCAGUCACUCACCGCGGGCGACACAGUGUUGGUGCCGAUUGAAGUAUCGCCCGAGCAGUGGAAGAGUCUCAUGUACAAUGUCAUCAAGUCGGAGAUAUUUGGCAUUGAGAAUCAUCGCGACAAGUCGUUCCUCGCGUUCAUUGAGCGGCUUGAAGAGCGGCAGACGAGAUGGCAUGCGCUGCCUACAGCGCCUGACUGCCCGCCAACGUAUCAGUCUGCUUGUUCGUCUUCGGAUGAACUGCCGCUCUGCUUAACCAUCACGAAAGCGGCGAGGAAGGUCCUUGACCCGAUCGCUUCUGUUCUGGAGUGA